AUGCUUGUGCCUCAGGAAUUCGUGCCCAGGUGCAUGCAGUUUCUGGAUGCGCUGGAGAAGAAGAUAGACCCGCCCCUGUUCUACGGCACUCUGUGGAGUUGUCUUCUGACCACUCCCAAUCUGCGGCAGUACACCGUCAUAUACCUCAACGCUAAGCUCAAAGCCCAGACAGCCGGUGACGUGUCUGUGCUGCGCGUGCCGCAUGUGUUGGGCGAGGAUAGGCAUCUGCUGGCGGCGGCGUUGGCGGCGGGGCUGACGGACGACAACACACUCGUGCUCAGAGGUGUGCUGGACUUCUUGGUGACGCUGUUCCCACUACACCUGCAGGUCUUCUCCGAAAAGGAC